GCACUGCGUUCCGCUCUGGAGAUGUGGUGGAGGCUGUUUCCACGGUGGAUCUGGUUCAUGGUGUGUGUGUGGAUGGAGCUCCAGGUCCGAGCUACGCCACAAAUCACCUACUCACACGCGGGGAUCUGCCCUAACGACAUGAACCCCAACCUGUGGGUGGAUGCCAUGAGCACCUGCACACGAGAGUGUGAAACGGACCAGGAGUGUGAGUCCUUCGAGAAGUGUUGCCAGAAUGUGUGUGGAAAUCGGAGUUGUGUGGCAGCUCGUUACGUGGACGGGAAGAAAGGCCCAAUGGGAAUGCCCAAGGAGGCCACCUGUGCCAGUUUUAUGUGCACCCAGCAGGGCUCCGAGUGUGACAUCUGGGACGGACAGCCAGUGUGUAAGUGCCGGGACCGCUGCGAGAGGGAGCCGCACUUCACCUGCGCCUCCGAUGGCAUGACCUACUACAACAAGUGCUACAUGGAUGCAGAGGCGUGUUCUAAAGGCACCACCCUGUCCGUCGUCACCUGCCGUUUCCACCUCACCUGGCCCAGCACCAGCCCCUCGUUGCCCCAAGCCACCACUCCCCGUCCAACCACCGCCCCUCUUCAGGCGACCGUUCCACCUCCUCAGCCUCCGGUUCUGGUCAGCGGGCCCGCUCACCAAAUCGUAAAUGUGGGCGACACGGCCAGUUUCCUGUGUGACGUGAUGGGUCGCCCCCGGCCUGAGAUAACCUGGGAGAAGCAACUGCCUGCAGGUAUGGAGAGGGUCGUCAUGAGGCCCAAUCAUGUGCGUGGUAACAUGGUGGUCACUAACAUUGGUCAGCUGGUCAUCUACAACGCCCAGCCGCGUGAUUCAGGUGUCUACACCUGUACGGCUCAGAACCCGUCUGGGUCAGUGCAGGCCAGCCACCCGCUCACUGUCCUGCCCAUAGAGAUGCCCAUGCCGCCUGAGCCAAAAACCGUGACCCGCUGCCCGCCUGAGGAGUGCCUGAAGCCCUCUGAUAACCCAGAGGAUUGCGGGAGUGAGCUGGAGAAUGUCAGCUGGUACUACGAGCCCAAGGCCAACAACUGCAUCUCCUUCAGCCACUGCAACAACAACAACAGCGGGCCCCCCAGGAAGGUCUUCGAGACACACGAGGAGUGCAUGCAGUGCUGCGGUCCAGAGCUGUCGGGCCCCUGUGGUCUCCCCGGCCUGCAGGGCCCCUGUAAAGCCUACGAGCCGCGUUGGGCCUACAGCAGCACCAUGCAACAGUGUCAGUCCUUCAUCUACGGGGGCUGCGAGGGCAACGACAACAAUUUUGAAUCCAAAGAAGCCUGCGAGCAAAUGUGCCCCUACCCGAAAAACCACCACUGCAAGUCCUGCAAGCCGAAGGGCAAGAUGGUGACGAGCUUCUGCCGGAGCGACUUCGUCAUCCUGGGUCAGAUGACGGAGCUCACAGAGGAGAAGGACUCGGGCCACGCCCUCGUGACCGUGGAAGAGAUCCUGAAGGACGAGAAGAUGGGGCUUCGCUUCUUUGGCAGGGAGCCUCUGCAGGUCACAUUCCUCAACAUGGACUGGAACUGCCCGUGUCCGAACAUCACGGGUGCCGCCGCCGAGGGACAGGUCAUCAUCAUGGGCAACGUCAACGACGGCGUGGCGGUCCUGCACCCGGAGAGCUACGUGGGCGCCACCAGCCCCCGUCGAGUACGGAAGCUGAGAGAGGUCAUCUCUAAGAACACGUGUGACAUCCUGAAAGCGAUCACCAACAGCCCUCAGUAGAAUGAGGAGGAGAACCGGUACAUACAGUUUGAAAACCUGACUCGACUGCAGACGGCCGUUUUUCUCUGAACAAUAAUUGCAGGAAUGUUUUAGAGACAAUUCCUGAUGCAUUUAAUGGAUUUCUUUCUGUUUUUGAAAGUUUUCAGGCGCUCCUGAUCAGGAGCCCUGUCCACAUCUUGUUAUGUUCAGAAGCGUGUCUUUGUGUGGUCUGCUCUCUGUUACGGUGUUGUUGAUUGAGAUACCAUGUAUGCGAGCGCAGGAGACAUCCAUCAUGAUCCUCUUGUUACUUUAAUCCCCCAGACUCGUGCCCUCUCCUGCAAUGGAGGUUGCAGACUUGCAUUGAAGCACAAAACAGACACGAUUGAGUUUUUAUGUGCAUAAUUUAUUCACUCCUCUUUUGAUUAUUGUAUUUCGAGGCCUUAUUUCCCCCCCUGACAAUAGUACCUUACCUUUUACUCCAUACUGUUUUCCAUAACAUCACCAGUGCAGGGAAUUGCGCUUACAGUAAAUAGAUCGGUUCGUCCAAAUAAAUGAGUUGUAAUAUAUUUUAUUAAUCACUACAUUUUCUCACAAUCUGUUUUUUAUAAUGAAU